CGCUAUAGUAGUAGUAGUACUGGUCCCGCCGCCGCCGCCGGAGACCGCGUUCAACCGUCCGACCUGCGCGCGCUUGUGUGUGUGUGUGUGAGUGUGUCAGUCUGUACACGUUCAAACGAACUAGUGUGUCUGUGUGUGUGUUCGUAUGCGAAUGUGUGUGUGUGUGUCCGUGUGUGUAUAUAAAAAAAUUCCUAAUAUUAUCACACUUUAAUUAUUAUUUUCAUUGUGUACAAAAAGUAUAAUAUUAUUAUUGUUGACGACGGUGUGUGUGUGUGUAUGUACACCACUGCAACCAUGUUCGAACAGGACGCCAAACCGUUGUUUUCAAUGUUUUAAUAUUGAUGUUGAUAAAACCUAAUGGCUGUUAUGAAUUUUUUUUCUGUCCAAAAUGGAACGAUAACAUUUUUUAAUUGAAUUUUCAAUUUUUAUUCUACAACUUACCGAGUUUGCGUAUAUUCGUAAUAUAUAAUAUUAUAAACUAUUGACCGACGUUCGUUUUCCGUAUAAUAAACUAAUAUUAUUUAGCCCACGCACACGUUCGUGUACAUUCGCCACCGCCGGCGAUCACGGUGUGAUAAGAAGAAAUAUUUUCACUGAUAACGGCAAAAUCGACAAAAAAAAAACAACACACACGAGAUCGACGGAGAGACGAAUAAUAUAUUAUUAUACUCGUAUAAAAAAAAAAUAGCCGACAUACAUAAUAUUUUAAGGAAUAUUUACGUUUUUUGUCGGUUGCGCGGACACGGACGAGAUAAUACCGCCGACACACCGGAGCGGCCGCUACGCAAGUAAGCAGAAUCAGCCGCUGCCGCCGCGGGCGGUAAGUACGCCGCCGCCAACGUCGUCGACUAAAACGACCGCGACGACGGCCGCCGCCGACACAGGCGUCUUCUUCACAACGCUGACCGCCGCCGCCGUUGCCGCAGCAGACGACCGCGGAGAUUAUUGAUCCGAUUCAAAUGAUUUUCUGACUACAAUCGCGAGACGGACAAAAAGAGUGUUGCUUCUUCGGCUGACGACGGCUAGCUGCCAGCUAUUAUUAUUAUUAUUAUUGAACAAUUUAACCGACGUUAAACCUUUAAGGGGAAAGAUUUAAAAGAAGCAGACAACAAAAAACGAAAGCUUAAAAAUGGCCACAAUAGACGGACGACCCGCCCAGUAUGGGGUGACGUUGAAGAACCUGCGGGAGCUCAUGGAGCACAGAGGCCCAGAAGGCAUCACCAAGCUGAACGAACUCGGAGGCGUGCAAGACGUUUGUAAAAAACUGUACACGUCGCCCAGCGAAGGAUUGAGCGGAUCCAGCGCCGACUUGGAGCACAGGAAAGAAACGUUCGGCUCCAACACCAUACCGCCGAAACCGCCAAAAACGUUCAUGCAACUCGUCUGGGAAGCAUUGCAGGACGUGACGCUCAUCAUUUUGGAAAUAGCCGCACUCGUGUCUCUGGGACUGUCCCUGUACACGCCGGUAAACGAAGAAUCUAUGACUGCCGAAGACGACGAGGCCAAACACGGAUGGAUUGAAGGGCUGGCGAUUUUGAUAUCAGUCAUUGUUGUGGUCAUCGUGACGGCGUUCAACGAUUACACCAAGGAACGGCAAUUCCGUGGGCUGCAGAACCGCAUCGAGGGCGAACACAAGUUCAACGUGAUCAGGAAUGGCGAACUGCGGCAGAUAUCGGUCGGCGACAUAGUCGUCGGUGACAUUGCCCAGAUCAAAUACGGUGACUUGUUGCCGGCCGACGGCGUUCUCAUCCAGAGCAACGAUCUGAAGAUAGACGAAUCCUCCUUGACCGGCGAGUCGGACCACGUGAAGAAGGGAGAAGCGUUCGACCCGAUGGUCUUGUCCGGAACCCACGUGAUGGAGGGCAGCGGCAAGAUGUUGGUCACGGCCGUGGGCAUCAACUCGCAGGCCGGUAUCAUAUUCACUCUGUUGGGAGCCGCGGUCGACGAGCAGGAGGAGGAGAUGAAGAAACAACGAAAGGAAGCGAAAAAACUAAAGAAGAAGAAGAGCUUGACCGACGAACCUUUGCCGACCAGCAACAGCCACGCGGCUGACAUCAGCAUGAAACGCAUCGAAAAGUCCGUCGAACCGGAAGAGGAAGCGACCCGCGCCCAAGGACAGGCGACCGAAGCGGAGGAACCGGCCAAGAAGGACAAGUCCGUGCUGCAGGCCAAGCUGACGAAACUGGCCAUUCAAAUCGGUUACGCCGGUUCCACCAUCGCCGUGCUCACCGUGCUCAUAUUGGUCAUACAGUUCUGCAUCACCACGUUCGUCAUACAAAACAAACCGUGGAAGAACCAUUACGCCGGCGAGUUCGUCCGGCACCUGAUCAUCGGUGUCACCGUUCUGGUGGUGGCCGUACCCGAAGGCCUGCCGCUAGCCGUCACCCUGUCGCUGGCCUACUCGGUCAAGAAAAUGAUGAAAGACAACAACUUGGUGAGACAUCUGGACGCGUGCGAGACAAUGGGCAACGCCACGGCCAUCUGCUCGGAUAAAACGGGCACGCUGACCACCAACCGGAUGACGGUCGUGCAGUCGUACAUAUGCGAGGUGCUGAGCAAAACAAUACCGCAAUUCGCGUCGAUCCCGUCCAACGUGGGAAACCUACUGGUGCAGGCCGUGUCGAUCAACUCGGCGUACACGUCCAAGAUCAUGCCGCCCGACGACCCGACCAGCGACCUGCCCAAGCAGGUGGGCAACAAGACCGAGUGCGCGCUGCUGGGCUUCGUGCUGGCACUGGGCAAAAACUACCAGACGUGGCGCGACGACAUACCCGAAGAGAUGCUGACGCGCGUGUACACGUUCAACUCGGUGCGCAAGUCGAUGAGCACGGCCAUACCAAGGGAGGGCGGCGGCUACAGGCUGUUCACCAAGGGCGCGUCCGAGAUCGUGUUGAAGAAGUGCGCCUACAUCUACGGACGGGACGGCAAACUGGAAAAGUUCACGCGGGACAUGCAAGACAGGCUGGUCAGGAACGUCAUCGAGCCCAUGGCGUCCGACGGUCUGCGCACCAUAUCGGUGGCGUACAAAGACUUCGUGCCCAACAAGACGGACGCGCCCAACCAGGUGCUGAUGGACGGCGAACCCGACUGGGACGACGAAGACGCCAUUGUGUCCGACCUGACCGCGUUGUGCGUGGUCGGCAUUGAAGAUCCUGUCCGACCCGAGGUGCCCGAAGCCAUCAGGAAGUGUCAGCGCGCCGGCAUCACCGUGCGCAUGGUCACCGGAGACAACGUCAACACCGCCCGUUCCAUAGCCACCAAGUGCGGCAUCUACAAGCCGGGCGAGGACAUGCUGGUGUUGGAGGGCAAGGAGUUCAACCAACGCAUCCGGGACGCGGACGGCGAGGUGCAACAACACCUGCUCGACAAGGUGUGGCCCAAACUGCGAGUGUUGGCCCGGUCGUCGCCGACGGACAAGUACACGCUGGUCAAGGGUAUCAUCGACAGCAAGGCCACGGAAUCCCGCGAGGUGGUGGCCGUCACGGGCGACGGCACCAACGACGGGCCCGCUCUAAAGAAAGCCGACGUCGGUUUCGCUAUGGGUAUCGCCGGUACGGACGUGGCCAAAGAAGCGUCGGACAUCAUACUGACGGACGACAACUUCAGCAGUAUCGUCAAGGCCGUCAUGUGGGGCCGUAACGUGUACGACAGCAUCGCCAAGUUCUUGCAGUUCCAGCUGACCGUUAACGUGGUGGCCGUCAUCGUGGCGUUCAUCGGCGCGUGCGCGGUCCAAGACAGCCCGUUAAAGGCCGUUCAAAUGUUGUGGGUGAACUUGAUCAUGGACACGCUCGCCUCGUUGGCCCUGGCCACUGAACUGCCCACGUCGGACCUGCUGCUGCGGAAACCGUACGGCCGGACCAAGCCGCUGAUAUCGCGCACCAUGAUGAAGAACAUCAUCGGACAGGCCGUCUACCAGCUGACGGUCAUCUUCGCGCUGCUGUUCGUCGGCGACAAGAUGCUGGACAUACCCACCGGCCGCGGCGCCGAGUUCGGUUCAGAGCCCACGCAACACUUCACCGUCAUAUUUAACACGUUCGUCAUGAUGACGCUGUUCAACGAGAUCAACGCGCGCAAGAUACACGGCCAGCGCAACGUGUUCCAAGGGUUCUUCACCAACCCGAUAUUCUACAGCAUCUGGAUCGGCACCGUCCUGUCGCAGGUGUUCAUCAUCCAGUACGGCAAGGAGGCGUUCAGCACCAAGAGCCUCACCCUGGAACAGUGGAUGUGGUGCCUGCUGUUUGGCUUCGGCACCCUGUUGUGGGGCCAGAUCGUCACGUGCGUGCCCACCCGCAAGAUCCCGAAACUUCUGUCAUGGGGACGCGGUCAUCCAGAGGAGUACACCAACGCAAUAAACUUAGGUGAAGAAAACAGAUAUGAUCCAGACUCUGGGCAAAAGCCGCGGGCCGGCCAGAUCCUGUGGAUCCGCGGACUGACCAGGCUACAGACUCAGGUGAUAGGCGGUGAAUUGCAAGAACGUUUGAUUCCGGUCCCAUACAGCAAGAGCUCCACUGACCAAGCUAGAUUGUGGCAAGGUCAAAUGGUUUGACCGGUUGUUGUUCGUCUCGGACACAAGGCACCACACACACGUUAACAAAAAAAAAAAUAAUUAAACAAAUCGGGCCUUUUUAUUGCUAUUGUUUCGCAAAAUAAAUGAAUAGUAGUAGCAACUAACGAUUAUUAUUUUAUAAUGAAACAAAAAUUUAAAAAAAAAAAAUGUAUUCAAAAGUAAUACGGGAAAGAGUAGACGCGAAUAGACUUAAUUGGUGAUGAGAACGGCCUUUAACUUUGUAUUAUGAUUACUAUUAUUAUUAUUAUUAUUGUCAUGAUUGUUAAAACAUUCUUUUCGAUCGCUCUGUAUAUUAGUAUAUGCAUAAACAUACAUAUACAGAUGCGUGUGUUCAAUUCUGCCAACAAUAGACUUUUUGUUGUUUUUUUUUAAGAUUUAUAUUUAAAAAAAAAAAAAACAUAGACUUGAUUAAAAAACAAAGCGAGCCUUAACUUAUUAAUAUACCAUUGCCAAACGUUCUUCCGAUCCAUAGCUCUAAUAUUAUAAUUGUCGAAUAAACAUGUUUUAUGUGUAUACACAUACACGGAGCGAUAUUGUUAAAUAGUAUUAUUAUUAUUAAAUUAGUUACUUAUACAUUAUACUAUGAUGUUGAACUGUUUUUGCCACGGGGUUAAUCGUAACUAUAUUAGAGGGCUAUAAUUAAAUGAUAAUAGUUUUAUAGGGUUUAAUUACGUUUAAUACGAAUAAUAAUAAUACAUUAUACGAUAAUAGUGUUACGUUAUAUUUCUCCAUUUUUCUUUUUUCUUUUUUAUACGCUUUAUGAAACAAUAAAAAAACAUUAGUUUUUGACGUUAACGUAAUUUAUAAAUAAAUUUAAAAAAAAAUACAA